CCGAUCUGAAACCGAUCAACAUGAAGUUUGUAAUCCUCGCCUGUGUUGCCGCCGUGGCCUUUGCCGCCCCCCAGUACAGCUCCAGCGAAGAGGUCGAGUUCGUGCCAAUCCUCAGGGACGAUCGCGUCCACGAGGAAGACGGAACUUACAGCUUCGACUUCGAAGCUGCCAACGGCAUCCGCGUCUCCCAGGCUGGAUCCCCCGACGGCGAUGAGGACGCUGUGAUCAAGGCCGGAGAAUACUCUUACACCGCUCCUGACGGCACUCCCGUUGUCGUCAAGUUCGUGGCUGACGAGAACGGCUACCAGCCCCAGUCCGACCUCCUGCCCGUGGCUCCCGCUUUCCCCCACCCGAUCCCUCAGUUCGUCCUCGACCAGAUCGCCUUCGCCGCCGAGGAGGACGCCGCCCGCGCCCGCGCCGGUGACGAUUCUGAUGAGCGUUACAAUUAAAAAACAAAGCUACUAUCUGAAUAAUUUAUUGUGUGAGAGUGUGAUUAAAUCAUAUCGAUGUG